UUGGAUACUUGAUUGACAUCGAUGAGGUGCAAUGUCAGCCGCGAAGAGCACCCCGCCUCCUUUCUCCCCUUCCCCUAAAACCGAAAUAUCAAAUAGAGUCUUGGCUUGAUUUAGGAAGCAGAGUCAUUUGCUAUCAUGAUUAUUCAAUUCUGCCCCCAUUGUGGUGUAAAGCUAGAGCCAAACUUUAAGUUUUGUCCUGCCUGCGGACAGCUACUACCACGUCAGGAUCUUGAGGAACCAGUGACAUCAACCAUCUCCCAAAUCACUGUAUCCCCAUCCAGUACAGGUAUUACCAGCCAAGUCUCUGUGAAGUCCCGCUCUCCUUUGCUCCGUUCAUCCUGUUCUCCUAGGAAACAGAGGAAGACUAGAGCUGAUGCGGAGAGCUGUUCACAGUCAUCCCAAGCUGUGCCUACAGCAGACCACAGCUCCCAUUCUGCUGGCACAUUAUCUUCUCCUAAGAAAAGGCGUGAUGAAUCAUUGAGCCUGGAAUCUUCUACAUCCAAAGAUGUUGCCACAGUCAAAAACAAACCCAAAAAAGCCAGAAGAUCAGAUCCUAUCAUUCCAGUGGCAGAAAAUGUGGUCCUAGAAGACAACAGUGGCAAGAAAUGGAGACUGGUGAAGCUUCUGGUAGAAAAUGACUCAGUGUUUUUCUAUGGAGCUGUGAUCAGUUCUUCUGGAGCCUUUUCUGAUAACUACAAGCACAUAGUCAAACUGGCUGCCAAGGAGGGGAAAAUAUUUAAUGAGCAGAAUUUCCUUCAACGUGCAGCAAAACCAGCAUCAGUUGACAAAUGGAAAAAGCUCCACAAAAUGGAUUUUCUGGGAGUUCCUACCUGUGUUGGCUUUGGACUUCAUUCAAAUCUUUACAGGUUUCUAAUCUUUCCAGACAUGGGCACAACAUUACAGUCAAGACUGGAUGACACUGGAAAGUUGCUGCCUGAGAAGACUGUUCUUUUUCUUGCCCUUAAAAUUAUUGAGGUUUUGGAGUACAUCCAUGAAAAUGAGUAUGUGCAUGGAGACAUCCAGACAGGCAACAUAUAUGUCAAUCUUGAGUUCCCUCAUCAGGUGUACCUUGCAGGGUAUUUUUUUGCCUUCCGCUUCAGCCCCAAUGGGCAGCAUGUUGAAUAUCGUGAACAAAGCAGGACUCCGCAUGACGGCACUAUGGAGUUUAUCAGCAUUGACUCUCACAAAGGAGUAGGUCCAUCUCGUCGUAGUGAUCUUCAGUCACUCGCCUACUGCAUGGUGAAAUGGCUGUCUGGAUCUCUGCCCUGGUCAGACAUGGUGGACAAGCCAUCAAAUGUGAUGAGUGAAAAGGAGAAAUUCAAGACCAACGUCCAGGGAUUCUUCAAUAAACAAUUUCGAAAGGGUAAAAUUCCAGGUGUGUUGCAAGACUACAUGGAGAAGGUGAUGGUGCUGGAGUACAUGGAAAAGCCCAACUAUGAAGAGUUGAAAGCUCUAAUGAGAGGAGGCUUGCAGAAAUUGGGGUUCAACAAGGAAAAUUCAAUUGAUUUCUAGUGUUCUAAAGCUUCUGGAAGUUGGAUUUGUAUUGAUGGAACAUUGUUUUUAUAUCAUUCGCCUUUCUGUUUCUAAAAGCAAAUGAUGUAGUUUGUUGACAAAAUUAAAAUGUAUAAUUUGGCAUUAGCCAACAUCGACAGUAAGAGAAUUAUGUAAUAUGAGAAGCACUGUACGCUUUUUAUUACUUAGAUACAUUUGAGGCUGUUUUAAAAUGAAUAUUUUAAUAUUAAUUUAGCAUGCAGUUAUUUUUUUCUGAAAAGUUUGAAUGGAAGUGGAUGUUCUACACUUAAAGAAAUUCUUUUUUAGUCACUGAUUUUAAUCUCUUAUAGACCCUGAUAGCAGAGCUGGAUAUAUAUUAUAUAUAUAUUUAUAUAUAUAUUAUUUUUUUGCGCAGACGCUGCUGACCAGGCGCCAUUAUUCAGCAGUUGCUCUUCUUCCUUUAAAUGUGAAUGAUAGUCAAUGUAAACUACAAGAGACUGUGACAGUUGGGGGAUGGAGGUGCUUGAAAGGGUGCACACUGUAGAUGGAAGAAGCCUCUCUCGAUUUUAUUUUAGUUUCAUUUUCCUCAAAGCACUCCAUACUGGUAUGUCAGGUUACUGAGCCAGAUAACAGCAUAAUCAGCUUGGCAUAUAAUGACUGAGCCACCGUAUACAAGUUUAUUAACAGCUGUAGAGCAAUGUGAAUGUGUCCUACUGUAUUUAUAUCUUCAUGGCUAAUAUCCCCCCUUAUGUAUCUGCAGGGCUGGUUUGUAGAUUUUAAAAAAAUAAAUAUUUUGUCUUUAUACUACUGAGUUUCUGUGGUGCUGAAGUUUUCCUUUUCUGCCAAGAUUUAUUUUCUCUCUCAUAUGUAUAAUAAAUUUAAAAUAAAUGCAGUGUUUAAAAUGUU